GGCUUCCUGUAGUGUUUCCCUGAAGUUCACCGUGUUUACGGGUACCUGUGUUUUGGCGGAAAGCGAAUAAUCGCGAGCUUUCUGUCCGGCACUAACAGCGCGGGAGAUGAUCAAGACGGAGAGAGUGCUGCACCUGCGGGGCUGCCGGGGGCGGAGGGUCCGGGUGGUCCGGGAGCACUACCUGAGAACGCGGGUUCCGUGCUGCAGCUGCCUGUGCCAGGCGGACUGCGAGAACGAUGGAAAGCUGUUGCCUGGAGAUUUGACCCACUAUGUGGUGCCGGAUGCUGCUGUGGUGGUUGACUACCUGGAGAUCUUGGAGUUCAGAGAGCUGCAGGGCAUCAUCUUCACCCAGACCGCUUGCCAGGCUCUGCACAGCAAAGGACGCAGGCAUUACAACCGUCUGCGAAACCUCGUCAGAGACCCUCGACACGACUGUGUGCUGUUUGCCAAUGAAUUUCAAGAGUACUCGUACUGUCCACGAGAGAAGGGCGAGAGCCAGGAAAAAUGGCAGACCAGGUGUGUGUACUCAGCUGCAGUAUGGUACUACAACCACCUGGCAGGAAUGAUGAAUAUAGUGAUGAUCACUGAGGAUCCAGAGGCCAUAGCUCAGUACAGCAGCCUCACAUCUGGGGUGUAUGUCAUCUCUGUCCAGGAUUAUUUGCAAAGCUUCUGGUCAGAUCUGCAGGCAGCUCAUGAACUGUACAGCUCCAUUUCUCAGGCACUGCAAGAGCAGGGGGGUGAGGAUGGGGAGAAGGAGUAUGCUGAGCAUCUGCCUGCUGAAGUUCUAGAGGCUGGUAUCAAGUCUGGACGGUACAUUCAGGGUACACUGGAUGUCAGCAAGCAUCGGCCACAGAACGAUGCUUUCAUCAGGACUAAGAAUAUCUCGAACAAAAACACAGAUCUACUGUUGAACGCACUUGUUUACGGUCGAAAGAAUCGGAACAGAGCAAUGCAUGGGGACGAGGUUGUAGUGGAGUUGUUUCCCAAGAACGAGUGGAGAGGGAAGGUCACAGCCCUGACUCAGGGACAGGGGGAUGAGAAAAGUGGAGAGGACAGCGAAAGUGCACCCAUCCCAACAGGCCGUGUUGUGGGGAUCCUGCAGAGGAACUGGAGAGACUACGUGGUAACUUUCCCACAAAGGGAUGGGACUCAGUCCCAGAGUAGGAAUUCCCAGCGCAUCCUGGCUAUACCCUGGGACCAUCGUAUUCCCAAAAUCCGCAUCAGUACUCAGCAGGCUGAUACUUUGCAGGACCACAGAGUUGUGGUGCGCGUUGAUUCAUGGGAAAGCACGUCGCUCUAUCCCAACGGCCACAGUGUGCGGGUUUUGGGUCGAGCUGGAGAGCUUGAGACAGAGGUCCAAACCGUCCUCAUAGAAAACUGCAUCCAUGUUCUUCCCUUCUCAGACGCACAGCUGAGAGAGAUGCCAGUGAACUCUCCGGAGAAGCCGUGGAGUGUUGACCCCUCUGAGGUGGCACAGCGGCGGGACCUCAGGGAGAGUCACCUGGUGUUCAGCAUCGACCCACGCGGCUGCGAGGACGUAGACGACACUCUGUCUGUGCGCAGCCUCGCCAACGGGAGACUGGAGCUGGGAGUUCACAUUGCUGAUGUCACUCACUUUGUCAAAGAGGGCUCGCUCACAGACUUAGAGGCACGGUUGAGGGCUACGACCUACUACCUGGCAGACCGCAGGUACGACAUGCUGCCUGCUGUGCUCAGCGCAGACCUCUGCUCACUGCUGCAGGGUGUUGACAGGUAUGCAAUGAGCGUGCUUUGGGAGCUCGAUGCACAAUCCCUCGAAGUCCAAGAGGUCUGGUAUGGUCGUACGCUCAUCCGCUCCUCCUAUCAGCUCCACUAUGAGCUGGCCCAAGCGCUCCUCAAUGGGGAACAGGCUGAGGUACCAGAGCUGACCAACCUUGGCCUCAAGGAAAAGGAUGCUAAGCUAGCUCAGCUUACCCAAGCACUCGAGAUGCUCACGCAUAUAGCCAGACACCUUCGAGCAAAGAGGGACAGAGGAGGAGCGCUGGAGCUAGAAGGAGUGGAGGUACGUGCCCAGCUGGAUGAGGAGAGGAACAUUACAGCCCUGGUCCCCCGUCAGCCCCUGGAGGUCCACGAGACCGUGGCAGAGUGCAUGAUUUAUGCCAACCAUUGGGUGGCCCGCAAGAUCCAAGAAGCUUUCCCUAAUCAGGCCCUGUUAAGGCGUCACCCGCCACCACGGGAGGAGCUGUUCAGCCAGCUGGUGGACACUGCAAAGGCCAGAGGUUUCACUAUUUGUACAAGGACCAACAAGACUUUAGCUAACUCACUGGACCGAGCUGUGGAUCCACAGGACCCCUUGGUGAACAGGUUGCUCAGAAUGAUGGCCACAGUUGCUAUGUCACAGGCUCUGUACUUCUCCACUGGUACUCAACCCCAAGAUCAGUACUACCAUUAUGGUCUGGCUCUGGACUACUACACACACUUCACCUCACCCAUCCGUCGUUACGCAGACAUUAUGGUGCACCGCCUUCUUACCGCAGCCCUGGACAUAGAGAGGGGGGUGGUAUCCAGUAAAGCAUUAGCCAGUAACAAAGAAGUGGAGGAAAUGGCUGAACACAUCAACAGCAAGAACAGGGCAGCACAGAAAGCCCAGCUCCUGUCUACAACACUGUUUCAGUGUCUCUUUUUCAAAGAAAGAGACCCUCAGACAGACCAGUGCUGUGUAGCCGACGCUGUCAUCUACUCCAUCCGAGACAACGGCGUGCUGGUGUUUAUCCCAGAGUAUGGUGUGAAGGGUGCUGUGUAUCUCAAGAACAAAGAGGGCCUGGUGGUGGCAGCAGGACAGGACGGCAGCUGUGAGUGGCAGAGCGGCACUGUGCGAAAAUACCCCGACCACAUCACCACCACCUCCAGCUGCGGCACGUCAACGUUCAGACUCUUUGACCACAUCACUGUCCGUAUUUCAGUCCACUCUUCAACUUGCCACGGUGACUGUCUAAACCUCGAGGUCAUCAGCAACAAGCCUCACCGCAGUGCCGCGUCCCAGCAGCCCAGCUCUCGGGGCCACAGGCAGCUGGUCCAAGAGGUUGUGCGCCAGAAUGAAGAGGCACUGGCUCUGGAGAAGACAGCGCAGCGGCCCAAACUCUCCAAAGAGGAGAGAGAGUUCCGCCAGAGCAGGACUCCCAGUCUGUACUCUGUACUGGAAGAGAUCAGAGAGCUGGCUCUGAUGGACCUCGAAAUGGUUUCACCCCUCUCUGCAUCAACAGCAUAGAAAAGCUGCAGCACAGCUUCAGCUCUGAGUCAAGCACUCAGAACUAAGCACUGUAGAAAAGUCACCACUGCUGUGCCUAAUUUGUGCCGCUACAAAUUCACAGAAAGUCCUGAUUGUGUGUGUGUGCAGAAAGGGUUCCGGCUUUCUCGCGAACGGCUCUUCCAAACUGCACGAACACAGGACACAAAAUUAAGUUAAAGCAUCUCUCGCUAUAUUUUUGGAAACUAUCAGUGUGAUUAAAUGUUGGAAAAGUUUUUCACAUCACACUGAAAACCUGUUUGAGGGUUAAGACUUGAUUUUAGCAUUAAAGUUAGAAAAGUUACUUGUUUCAUGUUAGGGUCACCUUAAGGUUCGGCAGUUAGUUAUCACAGUUAAACUUAGUCGUAGGAGAUUUGGGAACGUAUUAAUCACAAAGUGCUCACUACCUGAGUGUGGCCCACACUGCAGGGAACACGCUGGAAACAAAGAAGAACUUUUAGCCAAACUGUGAGAACCGUUCUUCAAAACUGAGCAGUCCAGCAGCACACAGGCCACUUCUGUCGCCUAAAUAAGUUACUACCUACAAAUAAGUACUAACAUUAAUUAGUGUACAGUAGAUGACAAUUCUGUCUCAAGACCAAGGCAGCAGAUUAGUUUUUAUUAUCUGUAUAGUUUCUAAGUCAAAAAAGCUGAGACAUUUUAUCAGAGCUGGAGACAUCCACUGAAAAUAAUGAAUGAUACAUGAAUUAGGAACAGUUAUGUAUCGCCUAAUAUUGGACUGACUCAACAUCACACGAACCCUUUAAAUCUGGUUAUUGUGCUACAUUAAUUCACUGGCUCAUUGUUUAUGCACCCUGGUUAAUUGACCUGCGGUUCCCAAUCAAACAGCUUAAAUAAAGAAGUCUGCUAACAUUUGGCUGCGUUCUGUGAGCAGCCGUGUUCUGCAUGAAUGUGAUCAGCAAGGCUUAGUGAAAGAUUUCAAACAGACCUGCUGUUAGAAAAUGCUAAAAAUGAAAUACUUUUAUAAAUUUAGAACCAUCUUUGGUGGGUCCACAGACACUGCAUUCACCCACUAAAGCCCAGCCUGACAUAACAGAGCACUACUGUGGAAAUGUUGUUACGGCUGAUAGAACGUCUGUCCCUCCAUUUCUUCCACUUAUCCGAUUCAGAAGCCGGAACUUCUUCCAGCCGUCAAAGGGAGAGACAGGCUACACCCCGGGGAGGUCACCAGAUAAAACUUCAUUUAUAAAUACUGCAGUACUUUUUGCAGUCACCAUGUUACCUCACUCAGCCUUAGCUGGUGACUCAGACAUGAGUGAGUGUUGUAACAGAAUCUUUGUAAAAAGCUCAGGUGCAUCAGCUGUAUCAUGGAGAUGUAAAUCAUGUCUAAACUAUGAUGAUCUUAUAGUGUGUAUGCCAACGCAGAUUGUACAGAAGACACCAAGAAUGUAACAUUUUAAGGACAUUUUUAUUGAUAUUGUUUGGACUUAAAAGAAAAAAAAGGUAAAGAACUCAACUAUUUCUUGGUAUAUCAAUUAAAAAAUUUUUCUAGACCUUUCCUUGGCCCAGUGUGUAGGACU